GGUCCGGCCACUGGUCACUUGUUCGGAGCUCAGGCGACUCGUCUGGCGCAUCUCAACACCAAGACACACAAUGACACGGUCUCAAUAGAGAAGUAUCACCAUGUUCUCCUCUUCAGGGAGUGGGAAGAAGCCCUCGCAACAGGUAUGCUCCCCCAAACCCCUGCCCGGGCCUGUCAUCGCAUGCUAAUUGCCCCGCAGCAGGAGAUGGUCCAAACCGCUCAGAGUACGUUGCCUUGGCUGCAUCGCCGACGCAGUUUGGAACUGACUUGGGGUAGUUCUGCAUCGCCAUUUUGGAAGCCGCCCCCACGCGAGAACGCAUCGAAAAGAACCGGUCGCGACCCGAACCUGGUUGUCGGAGCAGCCUACUCUCAUGCCGAUAUUCUCAAAUUCGAUUCACUCAACUUGUCCAGCACCUCCUCCAGACCGAAGACGCCUCCUUCCUCACACUCUACCAAAGGCCGGCCUAGCGAUGCCUCUCCCCCCUCGCGCCCACAGUCGGGCCUGUCGUCCCCUCCGAUUAAAAGUUAUAUCAAUUUCCUUUCCAACACCAACGAUGACUGGAAAGCCGACGAGGAUGAGGAGGACAUGAUGGGGUACGAGGACGAUGAUGGUGACGACUUCGGCCUGCCAAGCCUGUCUAACUUGAAGCGACGAACACGCAAGAAAGCCGCGCAAAAUAGGUCAGAUCCCAACGGAGGUCUGUCGCCCUUGAACGACUCGUUCGGUUUAGGGUUACACACGAGGAGAUACUCGAAUAGUGCGGACAUUGCGAUCGAAAGACCUGCGCCAACCUAUCCCAUGCCGAAGAAGAGCGAGGGCAAAAUCUUGCGUCCACAGUAUAAAGAAAUUUUGAGGGACCCGGCGAACGCGCUGCACCUAAUCGAUCACCCAGUCAUACCCGACGAUGCAACACCAAAAGAGAUUGAUGCUGCGAAUUCACGAAUUACUCGUAUCAACAAGUUCAAGAAGCUCCUACAGGCCUCAACAAUACCGCUACAGGAACUUCGGCAACUAGCUUGGUCCGGCGUUCCCCAGGAGGUUCGUGCUAUGACAUGGCAACUCCUGUUGAGCUACCUACCGACCAACAGCGAGAGGAGAGUCGCAACUCUAGAAAGAAAACGUAAAGAGUAUCUCGAUGGCGUUAGGCAGGCUUUCGAACGCGGCAGCAGUAGUGGGGGAGGUGGCACCACCCCAGCGGCACCCGGAAAAGCCAGAGGUUUAGACGAGGCAAUUUGGCAUCAAAUCAGUAUCGACGUUCCAAGAACGAACCCUCACAUCGAACUUUACUCGUACGAAGCGACGCAGAGAUCUCUGGAACGAAUCCUGUACUUAUGGGCAGUGCGACACCCUGCCAGCGGCUACGUCCAGGGCAUCAAUGACUUGGUAACGCCGUUUUGGCAGGUUUUCUUGAGCACAUACGUCGCAGACUCCGAUAUUGAAUCGGGCAUGGACCCUGGUCAGCUGCCAAAAUCGGUUCUUGACGCUGUAGAAGCAGAUUCAUUCUGGUGCUUGACAAAGCUGCUAGACGGUAUACAAGACCACUACAUUGUGGCCCAGCCAGGCAUUCAGAGGCAGGUUGCGGCCCUCCGCGAUCUCACCGCAAGGAUUGAUGCAGGGCUGGCGAAGCACCUCGAAAAGGAGCACGUCGAGUUCAUUCAAUUCAGCUUUCGAUGGAUGAACUGUCUCUUGAUGAGAGAGAUAAGUGCCGAAGAACAAGGCUUUUCGGAGUUUCAUUUAUACGUGUGCGCGGCUUUCCUGGUCAAGUGGUCAGACAAGCUUGUCAAGAUGGAUUUUCAGGAAAUAAUGAUGUUUUUGCAAAGCUUACCAACAAAAUCUUGGACGGAGAAGGACAUUGAGCUGUUACUGAGCGAGGCUUUCAUCUGGCAGAGCCUCUUCAAAGGCUCGUCAGCUCACUUGAGAGGACAGCCAAGUCGCACGCCUUCAGCAAACAUGCAGCUGUAG